UUUCGUUUAGUUGUCGGGCGGGUCGCGAGACAGCAGCACCCCAUCACGUGAGACAAUGGUUUCGGCGACGAACGAGUAGACAAGCGAUCGUACAGAAUUUCGCGAGAAAUUCAAUCAUUUCCCGAGUCGAGAGGACUUCGGCGAGACUCGAGGCAAUCAGGAGUAGCAGAGGAGCAAUUGUAAAAGGAGCUCUUCAAGAUGACGGAAUAUUGGUUGAUAUCUGCACCAGGCGAGAAGACCUGCCAGCAAACAUGGGAGACAAUGAACAACCUUACAUCGAAGCAAAACUCCUUAUCUUCAAACUACAAGUUCCAUAUUCCUGACCUUAAAGUCGGAACACUGGAUCAACUUGUAGGUUUGUCUGAUGAUCUUGGAAAGCUUGAUACAUUCGUUGAGCAAGUAACACGCAAGGUCGCUACGUACUUGGGCGAGGUUCUUGAAGAUCAAAGAGACAAGCUGCACGAGAAUCUGAUGGCCAACAACAGUCAAACGUCAGUGGACGGGGAUAUCACGAGCCCCGAAGGGGGUGGUCCAGACACCCCGCCAAACACCCCAGUCACACCGUCACACAAGAGUACCAAGGAGCAUCAUCAUCACAAGCGGUGGAGGGACUCGGAGGAGUCUGAACCAGAGCCGGCAAUCUGCUUAGGUGAUCUGCCAACAUACAUAACACGAUUCCAAUGGGACAUGGCCAAGUAUCCGAUUAAGCAGUCCUUGAGAAACAUUGCGGAUAUUAUCAGCAAACAGGUCGGCCAGAUCGAUGCGGACCUCAAAACGAAAUCCACUAUCUACAACAACCUGAAGGGUAGUUUGCAGACCCUCGAAAAGAAGCAAACGGGAAGCUUGCUGACACGUAACCUUGCCGACCUGGUCAAAAAGGAGCACUUCAUUCUGGACAGUGAAUAUUUGUCCACGCUCCUUGUUAUUGUACCCAAGUCAAGCUUCCAGGAGUGGCAUGCCGUCUAUGAGCAAUUGACGGACAUGAUUGUGCCACGUAGUACGCAGCUGAUCACCCAAGAUUCAGAGUACGGUCUAUUCACGGUGACUCUCUUCAAGAAGGUCAUCGAUGAGUUCAAGUUGCACUCUCGCGAGAAGAAGUUUAUCGUACGUGACUUCACGUAUAACGAGGAAGAGCUAGCAGCUGGUAAGAAUGAAAUUACCAAGCUCGUUACCGACAAGAAGAAGCAAUUUGGACCUCUUGUACGUUGGCUUAAGGUCAAUUUCAGUGAGUGCUUCUGCGCCUGGAUUCACGUCAAGGCUCUGAGAGUCUUUGUCGAGUCUGUCCUAAGGUACGGCUUGCCGGUUAACUUCCAAGCAAUCUUGCUCCAUCCUAACAAAAAAAGUACCAAACGAUUGCGGGACGUCUUGAAUCAGCUUUAUGCUCAUCUCGACUCCUCUGCCACAGGUGGAGCCUCGCAAUCUUCUAAUCAAGAUAGCGUGGAUAUACCUGGACUAGGCUUUGGCCAGAGUGACUAUUAUCCGUACGUUUAUUACAAAAUCAACGUAGACAUGGUUGAUAAUAAGGUCUAGUUGAUCAGGCUGGAUUCAACAUCCUCUAGCGCACACUUCACAUCCCUUUUGUUUAUCCAGUUGAAAUUUCUGCUACCACUUCAGAUGUUCUAACGGCAGGUGCGUACAAAAUCAGUGAUAAAUGAUGAAAUGAUUUAAAAAGAAAGAUAAAUAUAUAACCCUCCUGCGUUCAUGUCAGAGGGUCAUAUGUGAAUUUUAGAACCAUGUAAAACGUAGUCGAGUCACCCAUUCCGUUGCGAACGUCUACAGACUCAGUAAUUCCAUAUACAGUGCAAUAGAACAUACAAUGUUUGCUCGUCACGUCUUCGACGAGAUGGCGAAAGCAUGAGUUGACACGGAAAGUUAUUCGGAUAUUUUCCACGCUCGGCAUCAAAUGUAUAAAAGACAGAAGAAAAUAUGUAAAACCACGCUCUGACAUUAACGCAGACGAAUGUUGGCAUAAUAGGCGACGCAUCCAUUUGUAAAUACAUGUGCGCGAACGUACGACGCAAGGGGCUAGCUAUUCCCGAUCCUUAUUAGGUCGGUGCCUUUGCCUGUUCCACCGAAAGUUCCAUUCUUUGUUUUGGCGGAAUUAACCUUGAUGAUGAUAUGUUUAAGUAAAUGAUUGUAAGUUAGCGACGAAGUAGCUGGUGGUCUUGAUAGUUAAGGGCGCGUUGUUGUCUUGUACCACGUGCGUGCAGAAGAGCAUCCAUCGAGAUGCAAAUAUUCCGAAUGCAAAAAAAAAGUAUUUAAGAAUUGUAGAAUCUUAACGUCACGCGCCUCCCUCUCCCGUACCUCCCACCAGGAGUAUAUUUAAAAAAGAAGCGUUUAGCCGGAUGAUUCACAAGGAAUCAUAACGCAUCGCGUUGUACGAGAAUGCACUUUGCGUCCUUUACAAAAAAAAAAAAAAAAAAUAGAAAAAAAUAGAAAAUCAAGCAAGCGUGAGUCUCUUGCAACACGCAACUCCUACCCCAGUAAGUAUUAUGUAUGAAACAGUAAGAAUUACGAAACAAGGGUUUUUGAGGACACAUUUUCGGGAGAAUGCUAUAUGUUAGACGAUUAGAUAAUUGUAAAAUUGAUUUAGCCAAUACCGCGAGCCUUCUCAUCGAAUACCUUUUAUCGACCAUCAUUCAGUAGAUAAGAAAAUCAAUCGAUCGCUUACUCCUCUUCUUCUAUUUCUUUUCUACCAACAAAUUUAUUGGUAUCGUGGAGGGGCGAGGUUCAUAUUAUUCUGACAAAGAGAAAGAGACACGAGUCAGAAAUUUUGUUUUCCCUUUUCUUUCAGUAGCUCCUCAAUCCCAGCACUAAAUAACGUCAUGACUGCUCGUGCGUGAGGCUAGUAAGGACAGUAAUGCAAUUUACGUAUUAAGCGUUAAACAAAAUUGAUAUAUGUGAAUCUAUGAUGGGACAGUGAAAACAAAACGGAGGCAAAAUGCAGCACUGCCAUUCCUUUGCUUUAACGUUAUAAAUAUUACAUUUAGAAUUGUACAUCGAGGACGUGCAACAUAAACAUACGCGUUUAAUUUAUAAGUAACGUCAUUAAUGCUAAUACAAUGAAAGAGAAGGGUCAUUAUUCGUACAUUGAUCAUGCGCGAUAUUCAUUUACAAUACACGACACAGACAUAAGUAUAUAUACGGACACCAAAAACACAUGUACCAUACGUAUAUUGUAUUCGUAGCUUUGAAAAAUUACUUUAUUGGGAAGUGGGUAUAUAUCUAUAUUAAUGCAACGAUUGAUCCAUGAUCGAUGUUGAUAAUUGCUAAUGGUCUUACGUUGUUUUUAUAUUAGUGCUUAGUUGUGGUAUGGCUAAAUGAAAAGUUAAAAAAAAACCAAUGACAAAAAAAGUAUUAAAUCUAGAUAACAGUUAAGGACUCAGUACUGCGUUUAGUUCCCUGCCUUCAUUCACUGUUUCGUCGUAGAUAAUAAUAAUACAGUUUUGUUUUUUCAUUUUAUAAUUCAAUGCUCCACUGACGUCAUACAGCUCCCGGCGUUUAAGGACACAUUGAUCGUUGAAAAUAAUUGAUCAAUUGCUAUACAACUGUUGAUGGAUACAGCUGUGUGACAAAAUGAUUUCUUUUCUUUUUCGUGUCUUGAUAAAAACAACAUUGCAUACGUAUAUUAGAGAUUAUUGUCUUUGCUACGCCGGCUGACGUUCUUACGAACGAAAAUUUGUUUCGUUCUUGACUUUUUCUUUUUCCUCUAACGUGCUACUUCCCCCUUAAGCGUCCUUACAUUUUUUUUCACAACGGAACCUCUUCGUAUGAUGCUUAGAUCUACGCUCAUAAUUAAAUCACGAUUAACAGUAUGAUUCGAUGAAGCUAUUGACAAUAUGGUAAAUGGCGUUCCGCUUACUAUUUCUGUGAAUGUAUCAUAAUUUAUAUACAUAUAUUAAAAAGAAAAAUGGAAGAAAGAAGGAAACCGCAAAGGCAAACUGUUGUAAUUUGUAGAUAUAUUCAAGGUACGAUCGACCAGUCGUUUGCCCUUUAUUAUAUUAUAUACUAUACAUAAUUAUAAAUAAAUAUCACGUUCCGUUA